AUGACCGGAGAGUACCUGAACCGCAUCACCGCCGUGCGUCACUGCGGGCCGUUCGUGCGCAUUGAGGGCAACGAGGGGCAGAACACCUGGCUGCACUUCGCCAUACCCACCCCCACGGUGCAGAACGGAAACCGCACCAAGGCCGAGUCGGUGUCGGUGUCCUUCCGCGCGCGCUCGCACGCCAACGUGGCCGAGGUGCUGGUGUACGACGGCGAGAAGAUCAUCGCCGAGCACUUGGGCAUGGCCAUCAAGGGCGACAACCUGGACGCCAGUUUCGAGAUCCCGGGAACUCCCGAGGUUGAUCGCGGGAUCAACGUGGUGGUGGGCGUGACCUUCGACGAGGGCGCGCCGGACAUCCGCUCCAUGCAGGUGGAGAUAGUGGGCGUGGGCGUGGACUUUGAGGGAUAG